GGGUUUUUAAACAAAACUAAAAUAAUGGCCACCAAUAACACGUCCUCACGGCUAGUGAUGGACGAGGAUAUAGUGAUCAGUGGUAUGAGUGGCCGCUUUCCCGAAGCCGACAAUACCGACGAGUUUGCCCAACACUUGUAUCAAAAAUCGGAUCUGUUUACCGAAGAUGAUCGCCGAUGGCCUACCGAUUUGUAUGGUAUGAAUCAGCGAAUGGCAAAACUAAAAGAGAUCGACAAGUUUGACGGUUUAUAUUUCGGUAUCAUUGGCCAUAUGGCCGACCAGACUGACCCGCAGGCCCGUAUACUGCUCGAGACUACCUACGAGGCCAUAGUCGACGCGGGCGUCAAUCCCCAGGACUUGCGCGGCUCACAAACCGGUGUCUAUAUUGGCUACUCGUCGAUGGGAAUGCCCGACGGUUUUCCCAACGAAGUCCARCCAGACUCUCAGUCAUCGAUGACCGAUACGAUAGUCUGGUAUCCGGGAAGUGCUAAAUGUAUUUACGCCAAUCGGAUAUCGUUUAUAUUUGAUUUCAAAGGCAAAUCAAUGGUCAUCGAUACCGCCUGUUCAUCGAGUAUUGUGGCACUCGAUGUGGCCAUCAGUGACCUCAGAUUAGGCAAAUGCGAUCAGGCAAUCGUUGGCGGUGUGGGUAUCAAUUUGCAGCCAUUUACCAAUCAUAUCUAUCAGCGCCAACAGAUCAACUCCAGGGACGGCAUACCGAAAGUUUGGGACGAAAAAGCUGACGGUUUUGUGAGAGGCGAAACCGUUUCCUGUGUUUUCCUUCAACGAAAAUCACGAGCCCGUCGACAGUACGCAACCAUUUUGAACACAUCCAUCAAUAUUGAUGGCAACAAAAAGAUUGGUAUGUUUUUUCCGUCGGCCGAAAGCCAAGAGGAACUCAUGAUUAAGACCUAUACUGAGGCCGGUGUAGAUCCACUGCGAAUCAACUAUUUUGAGGCACACGGAACUGGCACUGAGGUGGGUGACACACAAGAAGCCAAAGCCAUCUACAAUGCCUACUGUGUACGACCCCAGCGAACCGAACCCUGCCCAUAGGUCUGCUUAAGAGUAACAUUGGACACA